AUGACUAUUGUAAGGCGUAUACAAGUAUUUCUUCGGCGCCUAUUUAAUAAAACGCUUUACUACGAGAAAGGAAAAACAUUAAUCUCUUUUGUCAACUUGCUUGGUGAAGGCAGUCGAUUCAAAGCAAGAAGCUCAUUGAUCGAAGUAUCACUGAACUUCUUUUCGAUACUAAAAACUCACUCUUUUCGCCAUGUUGAAGUCAAAAUCGAAGAUCUUGACUUAGAAAUUCUAGAACACGAAAAUUCUAGCCAAGAUUCAGGGAAAACCACAAUUGAACAAUGGAUAAUUCAAAAAAUUCUUUCUUACAUUUUAAUAUUAAUUACAAAAUCAGCGAAAAUCAACUUACACAACAUAUCAGUUACUGUUAAAGGUGUGAAAUUCCGUUUUCAAUCCAUGACUGUCGAAUUUGUUCGCGCUCAAUCGAAUUUUUCUUUGGAUUUUUCAGUGACCGAGAUUUCACUUGCAGAGGAGGACCCAUUCGCGCAUAUACCGUCAUUGAACAUCUCAUUUAAAGGCUCGAUGUCAUCCCUUAAGCAGUUUAUGACGAACUUCUACAGAAAUUUUGGCAUAAAAAUACCUUUACUUACGAUUUUAUACAACGAGGGCCGCAUAUCUACAGACACAUGCCAACUCCACAUCACAUGUCCUGACGACGAAGAUGUUGAUGCGCAGUUACUUAUUGAUAAAAUCGAAUUAAACUUACCUGUCCUUGAUUUACACACGAAAACGCUCAAGGUCAUCAUUACAGAGCUCAACAUCCUUGAUGACGUUUUCGAAGCUAGCAGAUUCCUUGCAACUCGUGGAGAAUUACCACUUGCGGAUAUUCCUUCGAUAAAAAUCGACAAAAGCUCAUGGACGUUCUCAAAUGUUGAUCUAUACCUAUCAACGACAUUUUUAAUUGACAUUGGCCUGCUAAAUCGCUACUUUAACGGAGUAUCAAAUCCAUUAGAGAAGAAACAAGAGAAAGUCAAACCGAAAUUCCAGUACUUCAUGAAAUCUCCAUUCGUGAAUGUUACAUUCGCUCUUUCCGAUAAUCAUAUUCUCAAAAUUCCGCUGAAAAAAGUUGUUUUUCAAAAAAGGGAAAUUUCAGCGAAAACAGCGAUGAUAGACGUCGUAUUUCCACAGAAGACAUACAAUUUCCUUACCGCGAGAUGGGCAGAACUAAAUCUUGCAAAGCCAUUUUUCGGAUUAAGGGCAAGAGAGGCCGAUUUCACUUUGCACGCGGAUUUUGCCGAGAAAUCAUACAUCAACGAAGUGUUCUCCCUCAUUUCCUUCGUCUCUAAACAGAUAAAAGGCGAUGUUUCGGCAUUUAGAGACAAAUUACCUCCGACAUCUCGAAGAUUUUCAAUGGUUUUCGAGACAGGAAGCGUAAAAUAUGCUACUACACCACUUACUGAUACAAUUACACUCUCAAAUGUAGCAAAACUCGAAGCAGUCCAACAAUUGCGAAUUCGCCAAGAAAAAGCAAUACAAAUCAUGAAAGCCAGAGGUACAAAGACAUUCAACAGUGAAGAAUUCGAACAGGAAUCCAAGAAUCAGCUCUUCAAACUCUACAGAGAAGCGUUUUCGAAAUUACCCGAACCAGAAGAGGUCCUUUACUCAGUUUUAUUCAAAGAUCUCGAGUGGGUAUGGGAUGGACCUGCAAUUUCCAACAGAGAAAACGCUCUGGAGAAGCUCUGCGUCAUUGAUAAGAAUUUGGAAAAAUCAAAUAUCGGCAGAAUCGUUGGUGGCGCAUUGACUCUUAACGUUAAACACACCGCCUUGAAUUCUAGACACUCAGGAACCCUUCUUACCAUGGAAAAUAUCGAAACUUCAGGUUGGUAUUUGAAUGCAAAGAAAAAAGGUGUCAGUCGUAAAGAUUUCUUCCACUACAAAAUACACUGCGAUAACAGGCUAACAGAAUUCAACGUUCCCGGCAUCGCUUGUCGUACAGUUCACUUUUUCGAUUUUAAUAUGAAGACAUCGAAGAUUGUAAUGAAGUCAAUACCCGACGCAUCGGAGAUUAAACAAGAUUGGAAGCUCGGAUCCACAUUAUGGAGGCAAGAAAAGUACAAAUACAAAAGAAUUUACAUGUUUGACAAGUACAGGAUCAGAUAUCGGUGGUUAUUCAAAGUCUCCGCGAAGGAUUUCAUCGUACAGCAUCACGAUAUCGAUAAUAUGUACUCUCAAACGGCUCAAAUGAACUUUAUCAUGCCAGACUUCACUUUUUCAUUCGAUAGAAGGCAAUUUACCAUUGUUGCUUCGCAGUUCAUAGUCAGAGCGAACACCGAAAAUGGCAUGAGAUCCAUGUUCAUCUUCCCAGCUCCGAAUAUGACCGCAAGAAUCGUAUCCCAUAAUCCUCUUAACGCCGACUCGCGCAGGCCAACGUUCGUGCCAAUAGAUUCCUACAGAAUCACGGACACAGAGUACGAGCCAUACGCAAAAUAUUGUUCUCAUACUUGGUCACUUCACUCGACCAUUGAUUUUGGUGACGGAUAUCUCCAAAUCAACGGGGAUUUACUCAAAUCGUUUAUUCACAAAAUUAUCCACAAAGGUUCAUCUAUCAACAGAUAUCUUAAACCACAGAAUUUCAUCAGAAGAACAUCGACAUAUCCGAAAUUUUCUUUCUUCGAUGUUUCCGUGAUGAUUCCGAAACUGUUGAUGACAAUGAAUAACGACAAACUAAGAGUAAAGCUCACAGGCGACCCAUUGAUCCUUAAGAUGUCAACAGACAAUGGUUUCAAAGUCACUUGCAAUGGAAACAAAUCCGAAAUUUUAGGAACUUUUUUAGAAAGAAAAAUUUUCUCAGUAACCGUUUCACAUUUGGAUGUUUCCACUAAAGAAACCAUUUUCAUUAAGAUCAGGUCAAUCAUAGGCGAAAUGACAACAGACAUCAUGAACCAGAUCAAUGAAUUCGGCAUCGAAAUGCCUCCUCCGAAGAAGAAAAAUCCUCUUCCAAUGAUGACGACAGAACCAGAACUUUUAAAGCAUUUCAACACGACAAAAUUCAUUUUGGAGAUUGUCGAGUCUAAGUUGACAUUAAUGCUCACAGACACAGAGUCAUCAUGCUCCCUUUCCGCAAACAAUUUCACUUUCGAAAAACGUAAAAAUGAUACUCAAACAUCAUUGAAUAUCAUAAAAAGUAACAUCAUUGAUUUACACACACAUGGUUUGCGUCCAUUAUUCCAUCUUGACAAAGUCCAGUUCCUUCACGCGAGUGGCUUAAGUUCUGCCAUGAAACUAGUCACAUUGCAAUCAUUGAGUGUCAAUUUCAGACCUGAUGAUUUCGAUGUUUUCAUUCCAGCAUUUCACGCUUUCUCUUUGAAGAUAAAUCUCGAUGACAACAAAGCGAAUAAGAUUGCAGGAAGGGACUCAUUGAUAUCAGGAUCAAUAGGGAAUGUCUAUGUCAAGUUCUUCCAUCCAGAUGGAACAGCAAUGUGCGACAUCGAAUUGCAACAACCGAACUUGUAUUAUUUGGCAAAUCUCGAUGAUUCCGCCGUCAUCAACUUCUCAUUGAAUAACUUGAGCGCAAAGGAUGAGACACAGCAAGACGCGUUCAAAGACAUAUUCUCAUGCACAAGCGAACAGAUCUUCGUUGACUUACGAAUGAAGCGCGCAAAAAGGAUCAUGAAAAGAGCAGUUUUCGAGAGGAUUAAAUGUAAAAUUGCUCCAUUUUCUGCAUCACUUUCCAUGCCGUUUAUCAAGAACUUGAUUGCGAUAUUCCCUAGUGCUGAUGACUUGAGGGCGUUGGAUAUCGAUCAGGAUGAUAUCGAAGAAUCUCCAAACGAAGCAAACCAAAUAAGUGAAGGCGGAAUUCCUUCUCCUGCAAUUGAUGACUCAGUAACUGAAGGCGCUUUCUUCUGUCGGGAAUUCAUUUUGCAUCCUAUUUCUGCGAAUUUGAACUUCAGACGUAAAGAAACAGGUUCAUUCAAGGAGUUCUUGGACAGGUCAUUCACUUACCAAGGAUUACACAUGUAUGACAUUUUCGGAACAAAGAGACAAUUAACAGGAUACAUAAAGAAGAACUUGAAGUGGACAUUGAUUAAGGCACUUCCAGGAUUCAUCCUUUCGAAGGGAAAGAAAGCACAACAACAAAAUCAAACACAACUUCCUAAGCCAAAGGAUAUGGAAAAUUAA